AUGCCUUCAAACCGAUCGCACACUAUUGCUAUGCUUCUUAUUUUGGGUUAUUUAUGUCUUAUCGAUAUAAUAACCGCGGAGAUCUUGCGUUUCAAACGACAAACAUAUAUCUACGAUGAAUCUCUAAAGCAGUACGCUAGGCCUCAUUCAGGGACCAAAAUAAUAACCGGUACAGUUGGCCGAUAUGCACCACAAGAUUGGCCCGCAUGGUACACCCGGACACUAUUGAAAUGGAAUGGUGAAUUUCGUAUGGGGCCAUAUCAACCAAACGAUGCACGGUAUGAAAAAUACCAGCGAUCACGAAAUCAAGCAUUGAUUUUACAGAGAUAA